AUGACAAGUUCAAAGCAAAAGCAACGUCUUCGCGAUUUACUAAAAAAAGCAAUUUCGCAACCGAAAGCUGAUGUUGUGGAUUUUCAAGCGCUUCGAGAAUUGCUCGAGGCUUCAAUUGAUUUGAAAUAUGAAAGAGAUCGUGCUCGUGUUUCAGUGAUUCCUAGUCGAGCUGUUAUCGAUCGCACUGAUUCAAAAACUGAAAUUUCGCAAGAUCAAGCAAGUGCUUCAUUCCAUGCCGUACAUAGCGAUGAUGAACCAUUUACUGCCCGAUCGACGGAUUCGUUUGGAUCACAAAAAGGCGAAGGAACUGUUACAAAAACGGUCAUCAUUCAAAAACUUGAUUUGGCCACUGACACUUUCACCAGCAGCAUUUCCACCAAUCAGGAAAAAUCGAGCAAAAUUCAGGCAAAUGGAAAAGCGCUGUCACAAAGUAGCCCUGCCAAUGCACAUGGAAAAGACGAUGUCACAAGGCUCGACGAAUCGAUGAAAGAAAGUGGAAAAGGGGCUGAUCAUGAGCAAGUUGAACCGUCUGUUGAAGUCGAAAAAAGUGACGAAGCACCCAUUGUCGCUGGUGAAACUGGUGCUCAAGGAAAAAUUGAACAGCCAAGUGUAAGCGAUAAAGGUGUCAGUCAAUUACCGAAAAUUGAAGAAAAUUUGCCAUCGUCUAAAGCUGAAAAGAAAGCAAGUAUCAAGCCCAAGAAGGAAUUCCCGAAGAAAGAGAAAGUUCCAUGUCAUGAAAAAGAUAAAAAGAUGGAACAGCUCAAAAGUGAAGUUAAGGGUGACAAAAAGAAGAAAAAAGCCGUUUCCAGCUCAGCGAUUGGUGAGAAAAAAAUUGAUUCGACUGCUGAAGCAGAAAAAAAGGUGGCCCAAGACACGAGUGAAAAUUCGAAACAAGCCACUACAGAAAAGCCUCCGGAAAUUAGCGUGAAAAAAGAGGAUUCAAUUCAAUCAUUGAAAGAUGCAGAAGAUUUGAAAGGGAAAAAACCAGUAGCUGAUACUUCAAGUGAAAUUUCGCCGAAGAAAGAACAUUUGACUGCAACCACGAAGGACGUUAGCUCAAUGCCAGCAGACACAACAGUGCCAUCAGCAAAAUCAGCAACAGAUUCAGAUGUUAAGGCCGUAAAACAGUCAUCGAAAGAAAGUGCCGAUCGCAUUGAACCGAAGAAAAGCAUUUCAUCACCUGAGAAAAAGAUUGAGAAGUCAUUCGACGAAGAGAAAAAAACACUUCAUUCAGUAUCUGCGACAAAAGUCAUUGAAGAUACGCCGACUGGAACAAAAGCUGAGCAACAGGAAAAGCUCCUGGGUUUGAAACGUUCCGAUGAAAAUGUGAAGAAGGAAAAAGGAGCGAGAGAAAAAGGAGCAAAAUCCCCGCAGAAACGGUCAAAAGAGAAAAUAGAUGGGAAACAGAAGAUUGAACCAGUGGCCAGUGCACAAAAGGUUGAUUCUGAAGGUGGUGAAAUGCAGUUGAAGCAGCAAGAAAAAGAUGGAGAGAAAAUUAGUUUGCCAAGUGAUGAAGCUGAAGUUGAGUCAAAAAUUGAUGUGGAAUCCACCUCUGACGCUGCAAAACCAUUAGAAAAGCAAAUGAGUGCGGAAAAGGGCAAGAAAAUGUCUCCGAAGGAAUCGAAAGAAGCGCAAGUUGCGAAACCGCAGAUCGAAUCAGUCGACAUUGUGCAAAAGAACGAGUCCGAUGUAUCAGAUUCAGAACAGCCAGAAAGCGACAAAAGAGAGAAGAAAAUCAGUUCACCAGUUGAUGCUAAGGUUGAACCAAAAGCUGAUGCCAUAAAAUCGGUUUCUGAUGGUGUAAAAGCACUCGAAAAAAUAUCUAACGUAAUUGAAAAGAUCAAGAAGCCGAUUUCCACAGCCGAUGCAAAAAAGACUAAAUCGACUGAUACAAGAAAAACCUCUGCAGUUGGAAAGCAGAGUGUUGCUAAAACCGUUUCAAAAACACUCGGCCAUCAAAAACCAGCAAGCAGCAAACAAGUUGCUCCGAGCAAAGAAAAGAGCUCGACUGUUGGUGCAAAGAAAGCGAAAGCUGCAAAGCCUGAAAUAAAUCUUCAUUUGAUUGGUUUGAAAGUAGUAGGAAAAUCGAAGCAACCUAGUGAAGAAAAAGUGAUUUCAUCGAUCGAUGGAAAAGAAAAGCAAGAGCAAAGUACUGAAUCAACUGAACUCAUGGAACAAACAGCAGCUGAACAGAAAACAGUUGGUGAACAGCCGGGUGAGAAGGAGGAUGAAAACGACUCUGAGGUUGCCGAAAAAGAUGAUAACAUUCCAAGCGCCAAAAAAGCGGUCGAUGGUCGAAGCACUGACAAAGGUGUUGAUAGCCAAAGUAGCGAUAAAGUUGAAGCAGAGCGCAAGCCUCAGAACAGUUCCAGCAUUGAAACAGAGAUAAAGCCUCCGGGAAUUGCCAAAGAUGAAGAGAAAAUUGAUUCGUCUAUCGAUGAAAGCAGCAAGCAUGGCGUUGAAGUUUCAACUGAUGCCGAUAAAACGGGAGAAAAGCAACCAGAUACAGUGCAAAGUGAGCCAAGCCAAAAAGAUGAAACAGUUGAUGCGUCAGUUAAAGAUGUUAAAACUGAAGCUGUAACUGAUGGUGUGAAGGCCGAGGAUAGUGUCUCGAAAGGUGAAAGGGAAACUGAUAGCAGUGUUUCACCCAAGCAACAAAUUGAUGACAAGACAAGCGGUUCCGCCGACAAGAAAGAUGGUUUUGAUGCUGAAGAUGCCCAGAAAAGUCCAAUCAGUGCCAAAACUACACCGCGCACUACAUCAUCAAAAGCAGCGACCAAAAAGUAUGGUGGACUGAAAGCACCAUACGAUAAAACUACGGGCAAAUCAUCCAGAAAUAUCAAAGCAAUGGAAAAAAUGAUGAAAUCGCUUCAAAAUUCGAUGGAGGCGAAUACGAUGAAGGUGUUGAAGUCUUCGAUGAAGAAAGGCGGACGGUGGACAUGGCAGAAGGAAAACACGGAGAACGCGGAAAAUCCCAAACAAGAGACGACUCCGAUUCGUCAGUGA